AGUUUAAAAAAAAAAGAAAAAUUUUUGUUGUUUCGUUGUUAGGAAUUCUGAAAAAUUGUUACUAAAAAUGCUAUUAAAAUGUAUAAUAAGAAUAAUAAAUGUUGAGAAUGAUUCUAUUUGAACGUACUAAAGCACUACGUAUCUUAACAAAACAAUGUCAAUACUGCACGAGCGACACUAGAGACACAAUCGUAAUGUUAUUUGAUCGUUUUUGUAAUUCGAUUAUUAGUUUGUUAAUGUGAACAACGUUGAUUUAUAAAAUGAACACACGACACAGAAAUACGGAAUUCGUCAAUGUACUAAAAGGGAAACAGACAGAAAACUUUGGCAUAAUUUUGACGUUGCCCGUUGUCAUAGCAACUAUAAAGUCAAACCACUGAAGUCUUUAAAGGUCUAUGAGUCAAACAAAAUCCAUAACGGGAAUCUCCCUAUAAUUCGGGAAACCUUUUCAGCUGUUUAUCAACGGAUAGGGUUUUUGCUACACCUUCUAGAACUUCAGAGGAAUCUGAACCUCGAUCAGGAUGCCUGAAUUAGUGGAGCAGAUGUACUGCUCGGAGCAGAUUGUGAUUCCACCAAAAUAUCCUUACAUCCUGAAAAGAUACUGCAAAGCGGCUAUAAAAACUCAACCCUACGACCUGCUUCGUUGGUCCUACGAGUACUUCAAUGCUCUGGCUCAGCACCGCCCUCCUCCGGUCAAACUGAGGCUUGAGUAUCCCGUGUUCACAACCGAGGGAGGCCUCACACGAGGAUGCUUGAAGGUCCUCUCUAAUCAGUUGUCAACAAUGAACGAACUGCCUCUCAAUGUUGUGGAAACCGCAUGGCAGGGGUUCUGCCUUGAUCCUCAGGAGUUGGCCAGGAUCUUGUGUCUAUGCGAAGUUCAUAAGAGAAAGGAAAGCGUGCCCUAUCUCCAUUUCAUGGCUGUAGCUGGUGGUCUACUGACUAAGAGCCUUACAAACACAAUGGUACUGCUAUGUGAAGCCCUAACGAAGGAACCGGACGGUGGUUCCGCUGCGAUACCAGUUAAAGACUUCAUAUUGAUGUACAAGUUCUUGGCGACAAUAGAUGCUUCACGCGACGUGAAAUAUUACAACGGAUACAGAGAAGGUCAUGUCCCUGAAUCCGACAUCGAGCCAGAAGAAGAAACACAGAACUUUGAAGAAGAAGAAGAAGAAGACGGUGUCUCAGACGAUUACUGGCCAGAUGAAAAGAACUUACAAAUGUUGCCAUUGAUCAAUGAUAAAGUGUCGCGCACGACGCGAUUGAGCCUGAAGCUAAAUAUGCCGAUAAUUGGGAAAAUCGAACGGUCGCCUUCCGUCGAACGAGCUGAAACGAUUGAGAGGGAAAAUUAUAUGAGAGAGAGAAAAGGUAGACCUGUAUCGAAUGAAGAUAUAGAAAAGAAACUGCGCGAAAUGAGUUCUGCUAAGCUUAAUCAAGAUGCGCAGAAGGAAGAUACACAGAAACAGAAGGACACGAUACCAGAAUCAAACGAAUUAAAAGUCAUUGUUAUUGAUGAAGAAGGAAACGAGAUACCAUUCGAGAUAUACGGGGAGCCAAAUGUAGAACCAAUUGAUUCUGAUGAAGAUAUUGCUGAAGAAAUUCUCGAUGAGCACCCGACAGAGGAAGAACCUAAGGAGAGCGAAAACGAUAGAAUCGCAUUAUUCGUUGCUGAAAGUUAUCAGGCUCGCGAAGAGCGCUUACAAGAUUUGGAAAGAACCUUUGACGAGAUCAAAGCGAUCGUGGCAAGAUUUAAAGCUGCAAAUUAUGAUCUGGGAAUGGUGGCCGGACGCCAAAUGUCGACUACAAGCGGGGAGUUCAUCGUGCAACACGUGGAGAAGGAGAUCAUGGAGUACAUAGAUGAGCAGAUCGCCGUUCUCCCUGAUCCGGACCUCAAGAAAAAGAAGGCUAAACCAGAGGAAGUCGAAAUGCUGCGUGGUCUACUCGAUGCUUUUAUUGAUGAGACCAUGGAGAUCCUGGCUCCCGAAGUCGAAGAAGCGGAGGAAGAGGAACAGCCUGUGCCCGAAGUAAUAGUUGUGUAUGCUGUCCCCGGAAUCGGCGGGCCAGUCGACGAAGCGACCAUCAAUGACUUUAUCGAUUACGCCCUGGACGUUUCCAAAGUCCAGAAUGACCUGUUCAUGCCGAGGAACGUGAGGCAUUUCUUGUGCCCGCCUUUGGAGAAAUUCAAGGACGUGAAGUAUGAUACGAAAUUGGAGAAAGAAGAAAUACCGACCGGUGGAGUUUUCACUGAUUAGAUUUUUAACGAAUAGAAUUUAAUCAUAAUCAUGUUAUUUGUUUUUUGGCUAGUUGCAUUUAAUGUUUCUAUUGUUGAAUAAGUUUGAUUUGAAUUUACUUUUGUGUAUUUUUUGUGAUCUCUACGCUGUUACAUGUAGACACAGUUUAUAUUAUUUAUUCGUUAUGAACACGUGUUGCGCACGUAUUUCAUUAGAAAAUUUUGUUUCUGCCUCUGGGAUUCGAACAUCGGCACAGUCAAUACGAGACAUAUGAUGACCGUCUUAUCUGCGAUCAUCUAAGCUUUUGAGUACUGAAAUAUCCACAUAGGAAAUAGUCGACCAUGUACCAGCUAUAUUAGGUCGAUCGAUGUUCAACCAAACGGAAAUACCGUUCUAUUUACAAGUCGAUUAGUGUAGGAGUUAUAUGGUUUUCAAUUUAAAAAAUAAUACAAUACAAAAACUUUAUAA